AUGGAAGAAGAGGGCAAUGCGUACGUUGCCAUGGAGAAGGAGGGUGCCAUCUCUGAGAAGAUGCGGCGCCUGAAGCAGACCCGAGGGGGCGCGAAGGCCGAGUUCACCCGGAGGGAGAACGAGUUGAAGGAACUGUUGCGUGACAAUGAUGUCACGGCGGUUCGCCGAGCGUCAGACGGUCUGUCCACUGCCAUGGAUAGAUUUCGCUUGUCUCACUUUGAAUUUAUGAGAUUGCUGGUUGAGGAGCCGGAGAAGGAAGAGUCCCAGAGUUACCUUGAUGAGGUGGAGAAGAAAUUUCCCCUCAUGCAAGAGGAGGUGAAGACCUAUCUCGAGCAUGCUGGUGCUGCUCAAGGAGUGGGUGCCAAAGCAGCUAGUGAGAUAGCCUGCAGUGUUACCAGUAGCAGAAGAACUACUUCAUCAAUGGGUAGUUCCAGAGCUAAGGCAGCAGCAGCAGCAAAGAAGGCAAUUCUCCUAGCUGAGGCCUCAACCUUGAAAGCUCAGCAGAAGCUCGAUGAGGACGAGAUGGAGCUGCGGCGGAGACGAGACAAGGGCGAAAAGGAGCUGGUGCGGAGACGAGAAGACGAGGAAAGGCAGUUCCAGCAAAGACGUGAAGAAGAAGAGAUGCAGCUUCGGCAGAGAAGGGAAACGUUGCGCCUUGAAACCGAAAUUUCGAAGGCAGCAGCAGAAGAAGAGGCCUGGGCGAAUGCGGAACGUGAAGAAGACCCGACGAAUGUUCAUCCUAGUGAUCGAGGAGUGCUUGAUGUCAGUGGUACUUCUCUCACUAGGGAAAGGCUGUCUGAAAAAGCGGUUGGCCUGACGAGUGUUCAUCUGGCUGAGCAAAGAGGCCCUGAACCCAAGUCUACCUUACUCAACAAGGAGAAGCAUGCAUUCAUUGUCUCUUGGGCUGACAAUGUCGAGGCCGGCGCAUCUCCUGAAGCUGCCGGUAUGCAGAGAAGCCCACCCCAGAUGUCUAAGCUCAAUCCUCAUGCCGAGGAAUGGGAGGAGAGGCGAGACAACCGCUCGAUGGUUGUUGAGGAAGGCGCCAGUGAAAGCAGAACUCUGAACGAAGAGUUCAUGCGCACGAUGUCCCGGGACAUGAUGCAGCUGCCGACGGCUGAGCUGAUGACCUUUGAUGGGGACCGCUGA